CGCCACGCCGGGACUGCUGAGGGGCGCGCGGCCGCCGCGGGGAUCUGGGGGCGCCUGCUCGCUGCUCCGCCCGCUCCCGGCCCGCUGUGCAGGCGGCUGGAUCUGCUACAGCAGCGGCGACAGCGAACACUCCAGCGCAGGUGGCAGUAUCAGCUACGGCAGCAGGAGCAGUGACACCAUGGAUCUGUCUUUUAUGGCCGCGCAGCUGCCCAUGAUGGGAGGAGCCUUCAUGGACUCGCCCAACGAGGACUUCAGCACCGAGUACUCCCUGUUUAACUCCUCCGCCAACGUCCACACGGCCUCCAACGGCCAGGGCCAGCUGGAAGAGCCUCCUAGGUCCUCCAACGACGCCGUCUUGCUGUGGAUCGCCAUCAUAGCGACGCUGGGGAACAUCGUGGUGGUCGGGGUGGUGUACGCCUUCACCUUCUGAGGGCACGACUGCCACCGGCCACUCAGGACGGCCCCUCUGCACCGGCCAGUGCGAGCCAGGCUUUCCAUGCGGCCCUUUCUUGCCCAUGUUCUAGAAUCCGGAGCUCUGACCGCUUGAAUGGCCUCUCUGGGCACAGAGACCUGGCAGCCUGGAGGGCAGAUAUCCAGGCUGUGGUGAAGCUGCUCCAGACAUGGAAGUGUGAGCCUCCUGCUCCCGGGGGGCUCAGCAGACAUGGCCUGUGGGGGUCAUUGAAACUGUGGUCCCUACGCAGGAGACGACGUGGACCAGGUGGUCAGGGUUAAAAGGUGGACGUGGUCUGGUGAUCACUUGCUAACCGUAAAUGACCGCUGCUGUGUCUUGAUUUAUACAAAUGUGCUAAACCCCACGUGUGGGGGCUGGGCAGGAGUAGCUCUGGGAACACUCGCGUUCCCAGCCCAGCUGGGUUUCCUGUUCAGCCCCUGGUCAUCAUACAGGGCCAUAGGGCUGCCCUAAUGUGACUCGGAAAUGGCCUUCGUCACCAGGCACUUGGCCCCUUAAGGGCCCUGGGCACAUCAGGAAACCCAGGGAUGGGGGGUUACUGGUCACAUGGUGGGGUUUCGGGGGCACUGGUGUCCAGGGCUGGAUGGACUUCCUCAUCUUUUCAAGAAGAGAAGGGGACAUCUUCCAAACUACUUCUGCUGCGCAGUUAACUUUUCAGCUGCCCAAACGAAGUUGCUCUUUCUCCUCGGAGGAAUCCUGGAAUUCCAGAGAUGGGAAAGAUGCCCGUCCACCGAAUUGUCAGGUGGAUGGGACGGAGAGGGCUGUGGUCUGCAUGUGGUCCCAGGUCCGGUUACUGGAGAAGCUGCCCUCGGUGGUGUGACCAUCCAGGGGUGUAGAAGCCGGGUGGGAAGCGGCAGGCUGUGCCUUCUCCUGUAUUUUGGACCAGUCUGGCUGUUGUGUGCUCCUCUGCAGGUCCAGUUUCCCUGGGGGUCCUACGAAACAUGGAAGGCCCCCAGUAAACAGCAGAGCAGGGUGGGACGUGCAGGGCCCAGUCCCGGGAAGUUACUGCACACGGCCACCGCACCACCUUCCCGAGGCCACUCCCUGUGCAGACAGCGGGAAGGAUCUCAGGGAGGACUGACUGGCCACAGGCCCAGGGGUCUUUCUCCUUCCCUUCUCCCUCCACUACAGAAAGAAGGUACGUGGCAUAAGUCUCCGCUCUACGAUGGAGGAACUUUGAAAGCUAGUAAAGAAGCCCCUGUGUGUGUUUGGGGAUGAUUUAGAAAUCCUGACCCAGUCACUGCUGUCUCAGAGGACAUGAGGGUUCUUGAUGAUGGGUAAAGGGCACCUCGGUUGUCCAGAAGUGGCCACUCGUCUCUGGGAGCUGCACGAUAGCAGGCUCACCAGCCCGGCCUCCAGACAGAGCCAUGGCGGCUGCCGGCCGUGAUUAGCACGCAUCCAUCUGCAAAUGCUUCUGCUCAGUGAGGAACCGGCCUGACCUUUACAGCCUGGGAUAAGGGACUUGGGACGGUCUGCCUGGGACUCCUUCUGGACUCACUGCCGGACAGCAGGCUGGACUGGGUAGUUAGCCUGCACGCACGGGGCCCUUGGGUGUUCACCCGGCUGCUUCGCCAGCAGCGCCCUCCUCCCCAUGCCCCAGGUCUGCCCCCCGAGCAAGGCUUUCUUAGACAGAUGUCUCCCCGAGAACCCAAGGAGGGAAGUCCAGAGCCAGGACAGGGGCCAGGGCAUGCCUGGCAUCUUCUGGGGCACUUCAGUGGCAGAAGAUGAUGCCACAGCUUCUGGCCUCAAGUCCCCGGGGGCGCCUGUAUCCCUUUAAAGAAGCAAGAAGCAGCCCCAGCCUACAUACGGCCGUGGGAAGGCAGGUGGGAGAGGGCGCUGUGUCUGCCGUGACCCAGGGAGAGAGGCAGGAAGGAAAAGUGGCAUCUGGCCUCAGGAAGGGAGCCAGCGUUCCAGUCCCUGGGGACUUGUGACGGCAGGGGUCUCCUCGACGACACACCCCCAUGCACACAUAAACGUCAGUUACAUUCAGUGUUCAAGUCUCUCUCCAGAGUCAGGCCACAGACAGCGGGGUGCCCUGGGGCCAUCUUGUCCACACCACAGUGUGCAGAUCCCAGCGGCUCCGGCUCCAUCUCCCUUGGUUCCUUGCUGCUUUUAUCCCGUCAUCACGGAUAACGGCGAGGAGCAAGGCAUGGGUUUCCAGCCAGAGAGUGAGCCGCCCUGUCCCCCGGCCUCUGUGGUCCUGCCUUGGUCAGGUGAGGGGAAAACACAGACCUGGCUCCUGUGCCUGAGCACCGGGUCCAGGUGCAGCGCCACAUUCGCAUGGCUGUCCUUCAUCCUCGCGGUUACUUGGCAACAUCAUUUCCCUAGUGCACAGGUGAGGCGCUAGAGGCGCAGAGGAGUAAGGUAACUCUCCUGAGGCCACACAGCAUGCAAGUGAGGAGCCAGGCCUGGAACUGGGAAGCUGGGCUUCAAAGCCAGGCUCUUUUGGUGACACCAUACUGCCCUUCUAUGGCCGGUGUCACUUCCAGGGCUCUGUUAGACCAGGCCCUGGGUCUACAGAGUGCGCUUCUCAAGGUACACUCCCUGGACCAGCUCUGGCUCUCACAGGUCUCUGGUCAUCCUAGAACUGGGCGCACUCAACCCCUGCCCGUUCCUUCUCUGCCUGACUCAUCAAGUGGUCCUUGAUGCUGCCCCCCACCGUUUAAUAUUGUCCACAGGUCUCCUCAUAAGGCUCCAGUGAGGUUCCCAAAGACUGCCUUUCUCAGGAUGCAUGCAGAGGGGGGCCCUGACGGGGAGCCCUCAGUGCACUCUGGGAAUCUGCUCCUCCAAGCAGAACUGCCAGGUCAGGUCGUGGGACGGCCCGUGUUGCAAGUUGACCUCAGCUUAGACACCGCCCUUCUCUGAGGACCAGGGCUCUCCAGAGGAGGGGACACAGAUGUUCUUCGUUCAGACUCCAGCUGGGGCCCAGUCUGGCUUCUCCCUAGGUGAGGCGGAACCCAGGGCCCCUCUGAUUGACGGGUCAGUGCUGAGGAAGGAGGCACUAGCCUCUCGAGUAGCUGGUCCUCGGAGAAGGGCUGCUUUUGCUAGAAUAUUCUCUGCACUCCGUGAAAUCAGUAUCAAGAGGCAGAUGAGACCCCUUCCCCACCCCAGAGAGAUGACUGUGUGUCCUUGUAGGAGUCCCCAGGGUCCUAGGGGGCAGGAAGGAAGGACAGGCUGGCGCCAGGUGGCUGGAAAGGCAAGAAGCCAGCUUCUAGCCCCGUUUCAAGUGGGAGCUGGGAGCCCGCCAGACCCGUUAGCAGAUGUUAGGAUCCGUCUGGAGCCGCAGACCAGGCCUCCCCCCCUCAGCUGGUGGCUCCCUUCACCAUGAGCAGCCAUGUCCCCUAGUUCCUCUCCUGCUGCUGUUCCACACGUCUCCCUGGUGUUUUGUGCUGUGUCAUGUACCUCCCGAAUUCCCCUGGGGACAGCUGUGGGGGUGCUGAGGGGUGAACAUUGUCACCCCACUUUUCGGUUGAGGAAACAGACAGGCCACAGGCCUGAAAGCCCACAGCAAGGAGCACGGUUCAACCCCGGCCUCCUUGGCCAGCCCCCUGCCCUCCCUGCACCCACCACCCCCAGCAUGAGCCUUCCAGGGUGGGCCUCUGAGGCCAGGCCCAGGUUUGGCCCCAGGACAUGGUAGCGAGAUUGCCAAUGUCAGAAGGAAAAGGGACAGGCACAGCCACACAUUCUUAGACUCAGAGCCUCACGGAUAAGGGCCUUAGAGGGCAGUGGGCAGGGCCACGGAGAGCAGCUGAGGCCACCCAGAAAAUCAGUGCAGAGCUGAUGGGUCCUUGGGCACCGGCUGCUCAGCACACUCACCAGGAAGCACAGGGGUCCCCCAGAGCUGCAGCACCAGGCUGAGAUGGGGUCCUGUUCUCAGCUAUCACCAGGUCCCCUUUUCUAUGUUCUGCAGAUGUACACAAAGUGUCCCCAGAGCAAGCCCCAGGGGAGACUAUUGCCAUGACAGGAAGCCCCAGAGCUCUGCUCAGGGGCCUGAGGGGUACAGCUGGGGCCUGCACGACUACAUUCAUCUGUCCUGGCCUCUCCCACCCCAGUGGCCCAGGGCCCCGACCUUUCUACUCAGUGAGAGGGACAGAGGAGAGGGCAGGUGCACUGGGUAUGGAGAGCCCGGGGCACAAGUCCAUAUCUCUAAGCUGAAAAAAUGUCCCUCUUCAAAAACCCAGAGAAGCAGAAUCACAGCAGCCCUAGGUGUUCCCAGUGUGUCCUCCUGAGAUCAGAGGUUGAGCAAUUCCUGUCUUCUUGGGGGAGGGGACAAGGCCACACAGACCGUGGUGACUGGGGAAGAAGUACGAUUAUUCCCAGAGUGAGGAAGCGUGUCCACAAGAAACACCAAGGGCCACCAAAGGACCCAAGGCUGGGCCAGGUCCAUCCUGUCUGUGGCGUCACUGCGAAUUGAAGAAAUGAAAGCAGGAAGGACUGAGGCACUGGCCCGAGGAGGCCGCCCCAUGGCCCUGUGCCCUGCACCAUCUCUUGACCAGCUGGCCCUGCGCCCGCCCAGGUGGCCCGUCCCAGCCUUGGUGAGGCUCAUGCUCAGCCUCUGGGUCAUUGUCAAGCCAACUUCCACCUCCCUAGAGCAGGUUGGAGCUGUUGUGCCACAGCAAUAAGUCCCAGCAGAUGCGCAGGGCACACCUGAAGGGGAUGUGCCCACCUUGCACCCCAGUCCCUGGCCCCAGAGUUGGUCUCACCACAGUCUAUGUGACAUCUUGGUGAAGGAGAAGCUGCAGCACUUAGUUCAAAGCAUGGUCCCCAUUUUCCUCUGAGAGUCCUGCCUGCCGGGGCAGCUGCAGGAGGGCCUGGUGACACUUUGACUGGAGGAGGCUGGGUCCCCAGGAGGUUUGGGCUCACUGCCAGGUGGAGCUGGUUGCAGGAGAGAGGGUCCGAGGCACCUGAGAGGUUUCAGAUUCCACUGGGUCAGUGGUUCUCGGUUGUGGACUUUUGCCACCAAGGGGACAUUUGGCAAUGUCUACAGACAAUUUUGGUUGUCACCACUUGAUGUGCGUGGAUGUGGGGGGGGGUGACGAUGGUAACUGGUGGGUGGAGGCCAGGGUUGCUGCUUAACGUCCCACAGGGCACAGGAAGACCCACAUGACAUAAAGGUCAGCCAGCCCCUGAAGGCCAGCAGGGCCCAGGGUGGGAAACCCUGUUCUAGGUCCAACUAUCACUGACUCCAAAAUGAUGAGGGUUUUCCCAAACCUCCUCUUCUGCUCUCUUGUGAGACACUGAAUAAAUAAAAGCCCUUCCCAGCAACAGCGGUCAUCAUGGCCACCACCUGAGUUCAGAGAAUCCCUGUGGGGACAACGACGGGAACUCCUGACAAGUUGGAUGGGACUUCUGGAAGCCUGUGCCACUCUGUCUCCACUCUCUGCGGCUUUUGAGAGGACUCCUAGCCUAAGUGGAGAAGACCCCACAAAGGGGUGGGACACUGAGGCUAAACAUGUCCCCACCAGUGGCUUGGGUCUCUGGCACCUCCAGGGACUGGCCCACAUCAGCCCCUCUUAGAAGUGCGGUCUGGGGAAGAGUUUGGGGGUGGGGUGGCAUGGGAGGCCGGUGAACAGCAGAGGACCAGCCUGUACCCUCUCUUCUUUCGGACCCUUUCCCACGUGCCCAGCUCUCUCCCCUGCUAAAGUCCUCCUCCUGCCCUCCCUACUAUUUAAACCUUUACAGAAUUCUUAUUCUUAUAACUUGCCACGUGCAGAAAACAGUUCUUCAUGCCGACAGAUUCAGAAAUGUUUGUGUCUUAUUAUCGUUUUCAUAAUCUACCUGCAGUUUCCUUGAUUCAAAGGUAUUUUAACUACUUCUGUAGGUCUUUGCUACUCCCACACCUGGUUUUGCCAUGAGACCACUGACUUCAGUGGUGAAAAGCCUCUCUCUCUUCACGUAAGAUUUCAGUGUGUUCUUUUGAUGAAAAAUAUGUAACUUUCAAGGAUGUAAAACCAGAGGUGAAACCUUCCCCUUUGUUAGCAUUGUUGCUCUUGUUGUUUUCUAUUAUGAUAAUUAAAAAAAAACAGACAAACAGAA